AUGGCUUCCGUCCAUCUUGACCACCGCUGGAACGCUGUCAUCUCGCUGAGCGACAUUAAUUCGUACUUUGGAGAUCUGCCGAAGCAGUAUAGAGGCGACUACAACUGA